AUAAACAGUACAGCUGACUCACAGGCAGCAAAGCUCCAGCUGUCUUUGAAUGCCCCACGAAACAGACUCCUACUAGGUAUCUGCAGCAGUUUCACUACACUGUAGUUUUUAUGCCCAUAUUUUUGGAGCCAGCCAUCUAGAAAUGGCCAAACCAUUGCCUCUAGUAGCCCAGGAGGAUUUGGAUAGCUUUACCUUGACCAGGACAGGCUCAGGCUUUGCACUGAAAGCCUUUCAUGUUUCAUGGAACACACACAUCUCCGUGAGGCUGCUGACCAGCCAGAAUGCUACACAGAGGGAGAGGAAGCUGCUGCUUCAAGAUAUAGCAAAUGUCAGGUGCUGUAAGUCUGAACGUCUCCUGCCUGCUCUUGGGAUUUACCAGUACCAUGGACUUGUGGGGAUAGUGACUGAGUGGAUGAGCAAUGGAUCCCUCCACUCGCUCAUCCAUGAGCAUCAGCUGUACCCAGAUCUUCCGUUUCCCUUGCUCAUAAGGAUCCUGUCAGAUGUGGCUGAAGGGUUGCAUCAUCUUCACAGCCUUGAGCCUGCUUUCUGCCACUGCAGCCUUAAACCUUCCAAUGUCCUUUUGGAUAUGCAGUACAGAGCCAAGAUAUCAGAUUAUGGUCUAACCAACUGGAGGAAACAGCAGCUCAGGUCAGACCUGCAGAACUGCAAUCAGAGAAAAUGCCAGGAUUUAGUGUACAUCCCUCCUGAAAUACUCAGAGGUGGCCUUCCUUCACGGGAAGGUGAUAUUUACAGUUUUGGAAUAAUGUGUUGGGAAAGCCUAAGCAGACGGAAGCCUUUUGAAGGUCAAACAACCCUGCUGGAAGUUCUGACGGGAAUCUGCAACAGCUUGCGGCCUGGCAUUUCAGAGGAGUUUAUACCAAGCAAUUUGCCCCAGAGGAACACGCUGUUGCACUUUAUUGCUCUUUGCUGGCAUCAAGAACCAGAUUACAGACCACAUACUGCAGAAUGUGUAGACCUUCUAAAUGGAAUUUUGACUACUAUAAAUAAGGAGGCAAUUUCUAAUGCAGUCUACAAUCUGAUGGAUGCAAAGGAGACAGCACUUAAUGCAUGCAAAGGUUCAGAAAUAUACACAUUGCAGACAGGCAUACGCAAUUCCGAGGUCAUGUGUCCACAAAAGAACAACAAAGUAAUGAGCAAGAAAAUCCCUCCUGUACUACCAAGCUUGACAACUAUUCUACUUGAUAGCAAUACAAAUCAUGCAGGAAGAGAAAAUAUUCUUGAGAUGGAUCUGGCAAACUCUAUCCCACAGAACGCAACAAAGAAAGCUCACCUAGGCUCUGACUGUAGAAAAUAUUUGUGUACUCCUCCAUUAUCUGGUCCAAUGGCAGGCAAAGAAAACAGUCAGCAUAAGGACCCACCACUGGCACUUAAGCACAAACAACAAACUACGCACCCUAAACAAGCAGUGACAGGUCCUUGCUGCAAAGGAAACUGCUGUCAAAUAUUAACCUGCCAGAGAGGAACCAUACUGAGCCGCAUGACAGAAGGACGCCUCAACUAUGUCCUUGAUGUCCUUCGCUCACAGCAAAUGCUGUCUCGAAUGGAUUAUGAAACAAUCAUCUCUUAUCCCACAGUGACUGGCCGUGCUCGGGCAUUGUUAGACAUUUGCCUUUGCCUUGGAGAGAGGGCAGCACAGACUGUAGUGACUGCACUUACAGAGACCAAAUGCAGUCCUCUGGGAUGAGGACAUUGCACAGACUGUCUUGCUGAGAAAAAUAGGCAGCUGCUGUGACUUUUUUUUUGGGGUUUGUUACAUGGAUCAGAGCACUGGUAAUUUGGAAUGGUAAUGAUUCACAUUCAUUCCUCACAACCUGUUGACUGAAGUCAAUUAUGCCUGCAGCCCGUGAUUUUAGUCCUCUAAUGGAAAAAGCUAGCUGGAUUAAAAGGUCAAGUCAACCAACUGUCUGCAGAAAUUACCAAGGCUGGUAUAACAAAUUCUAAUUUGGACCCCAGAGAUUGGAGGAGUGUAAUGUGUGCCAGAGAAAAUAUUGUUCAAGUCAGAUGAUGACACCUUAUUUUGUUGAUUUUGGAAGACUGGAAAAUGGAUUAUGAGUUUUUGGAGAUCACACUACAGAAGAACAGCUAUUACUAAAUCCUUCCAGCUAAGCACAGUGAAGAACAGGGUACUGGAUGAAGAGGGGAAAAAAAAUGACUGUCUCAAUGGAGCUCUGUGAAAGACAGGUGUUAGUGUGAAAGUCUUAAGAGAACUAAGAAAUACUUACUACACAGCGCCUUAAGUAAGCCUUGGAAAACUUACAUCAUGCAUAUAGAUUAUUUUCACUCACAAAUGGUCAUAUGCUCUGAAAACAGGGCACUGAUAGCAGCACUUUGUAGAGGUGGGCCUAAAGCAUUUGGUAAAUAGAAAAACAUUAAUAUCUUAUAUCCAUGCUGUUCUCUCUGUAUGACUGCAGCUCAAAUGUAAAAAUUAAACCAGGUAGAAGAGGUACCAAGCUGAUCACUUUUGAAAUGGUGGUUCUGUUGAACUGUGAAGGAAAGUAGAAAAUUACCUUCAUUAUAAUAACUUCAUUAUAAUGAAAAUGAGGUUAUAAAAGGUGCUGGUUUUUGAAGGCACAGUGGGAUUCCUUCAAAUUGCAAGGCACUAGAUUAACAUGAGAGAACUUGUUAUACACUCUACAAGUAUUUCAGAUGCAAAACUGUUAUUCUGUUCCCCUGCAUUGCAGAGAGAACAAAUGCAGUUUCAAACUGCUGAUCUACUUCAGUAGUUUGGCAGGUUGUAAUAUUAAAUUUAGUAAUGAUGUGUUUUCUAGGCAUGCUUGAAAUAAGAGGCUUGUUACAUCACAGACUAUAAUACUGCUGGAACAAUAAACUUUAGCUAUUUUUUUUAUGCACAUUCAUUAAGCUUUAAGACAGCCUUGAGAUGCUAUAUUGUUACAAUUAAAAUCGAUGUCAAGUGUGUUGAAAAUAACUUUGUGUAUUAAAGGAACUAAACACUGA